AUCCGAUCCCUUUCUCUAUCUGCCGGAGGGGAAAAAGAUUCCAAUUCAAAUCUCUCUGUCUCUGUCUCUUUCUUUCAACUUUUCAAUUCCGGAGAGUCGAAAAAUCUCCAGAUCUCCUCGCUAAAUUCGUUUUCCGAUUCGGUCUAGCGACGGCGAGCUAAAGGAGGGAGAGAGAGAGAGAGAGGAGAAGACAAGUUGAUUGACCGGAGAAGAAGAAGACGAAAGCCGCCAUGAUUACGAUCCCUUAUCUAACCGCUGUAUCAACCUACUUCAGCUACGGGUUGCUCUUCGCUUUUGGCCAGCUCCGUGAUUUCUUCCGCCGUUUCAUUGAUUGGUGGCUCACUAGCAAUCUCCAUGGAUACGCACCGAUCUGUUUGGGGCAUGAGGAUUUUUAUAUUAGGCGAUUGUAUCAUCGGAUUCAGGAUUGUUUUGAACGACCUAUAUCAAGUGCACCUGAUGCCUGGUUUGAUGUGGUCGAGCGGUACUCUAAUGAUAACAACAAGACGCUAAAGCGAACAACAAAGACUAGCAGGUGCCUCAAUUUGGGAUCGUACAAUUAUCUUGGGUUUGGUUCUUUUGAUGAAUAUUGCACACCUCGUGUUAUUGAGUCCUUGAAGAAAUUUUCCGCAAGUACAUGUAGCUCUCGUGUUGAUGCAGGAACUACAUCAGUGCAUGCAGAACUUGAGGAAUGUGUUACUAGAUUUGUCGGAAAGCCUGCUGCUGUUGUUUUUGGCAUGGGUUAUGCAACAAACUCCGCUAUCAUUCCAGUCUUGAUUGGAAAGGGAGGGUUGAUAAUAAGUGAUUCUUUAAACCAUAGUUCAAUUGUCAAUGGUGCUCGAGGUUCAGGAGCCACUAUCCGCGUUUUCCAGCAUAACACGCCUUCCCAUUUGGAACGAGUUUUGAGAGAACAAAUUGCAGAGGGUCAACCUAGGACACAUCGACCAUGGAAGAAAAUUAUUGUUGUUGUUGAAGGCAUUUACAGCAUGGAGGGGGAGAUUUGUCAUCUGCCCGAAGUUGUUGCCAUAUGCAAGAAGUAUAAGGCAUAUGUUUACUUGGAUGAAGCUCACAGCAUUGGGGCAAUUGGUAAAACAGGGAAGGGUAUUUGUGAACUCCUAGGAGUUGACACAGCUGAUGUGGACGUAAUGAUGGGAACCUUCACGAAAUCUUUUGGGUCUUGUGGUGGCUAUAUUGCUGGAUCGAAGGAGCUCAUCCAAUAUUUAAAGCAUCAAUGUCCAGCUCAUCUUUACGCAACAUCGAUACCAACUCCUUCCGCGCAACAAAUCAUAUCUGCUAUUAAAGUUAUUCUGGGAGAGGAUGGUUCAAAUCGAGGGGCACAAAAGCUAGCAAGGAUACGUGAGAACAGCAACUUUUUCCGGGCUGAACUGCAGAAGAUGGGAUUUGAGGUACUUGGAGACAAUGAUUCCCCAGUCAUGCCGAUAAUGCUUUACAACCCAGCAAAAAUUCCAGCUUUCUCAAGAGAAUGUCUGCGACAAAAAGUGGCAGUGGUGGUCGUGGGUUUCCCAGCUACACCAUUACUGCUGGCUAGGGCACGUAUUUGCAUAUCCGCAUCUCAUUCAAGAGAAGAUCUUAUAAAAGCUCUCAAGGUUAUAAGCAAAGUAGGGGACCUAAGUGGUAUUAAAUAUUUCCCGGCGGAGCCGAAGAAGAUAGAACAGACGAAAAAUGACAUCAAGCUGGAUUGAAGAAUAAAACAAUGAAAUAAGAGAUGCAUCCAGGAAAACGCAAGCAAUUGCGGUGUUAAGUGUUAACUUCGGCUUUCCGCACAAAUCUGAUUCGCAGGGUUCAAGCCAUUCCCUCUCUUAUCAAAAACCCAACCCUAGAGUCAGUCCUCCUUUCCUCAAGUGUUGACUUGAUGCAACGGCAUUUAUGUGAUUCUUCUCCAUGUUAUUCCAAGAGUUUAAUUGUAUAGUAAUCUCGUUGAAUGAUGUCAGAGUUCUUUUAUAACUCCGAACAACAACUGCUGCUUCCUCCUAUGUUUGUUAAAAAGAUUUUGGAGAAAUGGU